AUGGAAAUGUUCAAAUCUGGCACGCUCCAGCGGAGAAAGGAAACCAAAGUGCGAGUACUUAACUUCUGUUCCAAAUACGACCACGAAACAGCAUGGAAACAGAUCAGAAAACUUGGUAACUCAUCGUUCCACACGCAAAGCGCAGAGCAAGGUAAAUCUGUAUUACUGGCCAACAUUGUGGACGAUCUCAAUCUCUCCACUGGAAAGGGUCGGUCUGCUGUAGUAUAUUUUUUCUGCAAAUACGACGUCUCGGAAAGCUUGCAGUCACAGACAAUUAUCGGCUCACUGGUACGACAGCUGUUGUCUACCAUCCCGGACCUUAGUGUACUCGCGAAGCACUACGAAGAAAUUCAGAACAGAGAAGCUAGUAUUGGAGAGCUAUUUCAAGUUUUGUUCUAA